AUGGCCAACCCCCGCGUCGAAGAACUCCCCGAUGAGGAGCCCCAGAAGUCCCGCGUCGAGGAUCAGGAUGAAGACUCCAGCGACGAUUCCGAGGUUGAGGCCGGUGGUGAGGGCGAGCUCCCCGCGGGUUCGACCACCGUUGUCACCUCCAGGAACGAGAAGAAGGCUCGCAAGAUGCUCGAGAAGCUGCACCUGACUCGUGUCACUGGCAUCACCCGCGUCACCAUGCGCCGCCCCAAGAACAUGCUCUUCGUCAUCAACAACCCCGAGGUCUACAAGUCCCCCAACAGCAACACCUACAUUGUGUUCGGUGAGGCCAAGAUCGAGGACAUCAACGCCACCGCCCAGCAGGCCGCCGCUGCCCAGCUCGCCGCCCAAGGUGCCUCCGAGGGCGAUCACGCUGGCCACUCCCACGCCGAGUCCAGCAAGGGUAUCGAGUCCUCUGACGCCAAGAAGCCUGCUGAGGAAGAGGAGGAGGAUGAUGACGAGGAGGUUGACUCCGAGGGCAUUGAGGACAAGGAUAUCGAGCUCGUCAUGACCCAGGCCAGCGUCAGCCGCAAAAAGGCUAUCAAGGCUCUGAAGGAGAACGAGAACGACAUUGUCAACUCUAUCAUGGCAUUGAGUAUCUAG